GUUCCUCUCCGGCUUCAUAAAUUCCGAACAGUAGAAACGAUGGAACGGUGGUGCGAAAUUAGUUUAAUAAUAUAUACAUCCGAAACGAACGAGAAAAUAAACAUAUCGUAUCAUCGACUUGGAAAAAACAAAGAGAAAGGGAGAAAAAAUAAUCAUUUGCAUGUAAAAUAGUCCUGCCUUGCCUCACACUGACGACGAAGACGAAGAUGGCGAUGAUCCUCAAACCCAUCGGCACACACCUCAUCAUCCGACGACCCAAAUACCCAAAUCCCAAUAUCCACUCCUGUAAACACAAACAUCAUCAUCGGCCUCUCACCGCAGCCCCCUGCUCUAUCCACGGACCAAACUCUUCUUCCGAGGAUAUCUCACUUCACCAAGCUCAAAAAAUGGUCAAUCAGUUCGACCCUAAAGUUCCUAUAGAAGAGGCCGUAACCCCGCCCAGCUCAUGGUACACACACCCUUCCUUUCUCGAGCUCGAACUCCACCGCGUCUUCUACAGGGGCUGGCAGGCCGUAGGAUACAUUCAACAAAUAAAAGAUCCGCAUGACUUUUUCACUGGCAGAUUGGGAGAUGUAGAAUUUGUGGUUUGUCGAGAUGAUAGUGGGAAGAUUCAUGCUUUUCACAAUGUUUGUCGCCAUCAUGCCUCUCUGCUUGCAUCAGGAAGCGGGCAGAAGUCAUGCUUUGUGUGCCCUUAUCAUGCAUGGACAUAUGGGUUAGAUGGACACCUCAUCAAGGCUACUAGGAUAAUGGGAAUUCAGAAUUUCAAUGUAAAUGAGUUUGGCCUUAUACCAAUAAAAGUAGCUACUUGGGGGCCAUUUAUUCUUCUCAACUUGGACAAACAGAUAUCUCCUCUGAGAGAAGCUGAUAGUGAUACUGUGGCAGAUGAAUGGCUUGGUAGCUGUUCAGAGAUACUGAGCACUAAUGGAGUUGAUUCUUUACUCAGUUAUGUUUGUAGACGUGAAUACACCAUUGAAUGUAACUGGAAGGUGUUUUGUGACAACUACUUAGAUGGUGGAUAUCAUGUGCCAUAUGCACAUAAAGGCCUAGCAUUUGGUCUUCAGCUUCAAUCCUACUCCACUACAAUUUUCGAAAAUGUUAGCAUUCAAAGUUGUGAAGGUGGCACAGUGGAGAGGAAAGAUGAGUAUGAUAGGCUUGGAUCAAAAGCUCUAUAUGCUUUCGUUUAUCCAAAUUUUAUGAUCAAUAGAUAUGGACCUUGGAUGGAUACCAAUCUAGUUCUUCCACUAGGACCCAGGAAAUGUAAAGUGGUAUUUGACUACUUUAUUGAAGCUUCUCGUAAGGAUGACAAAGCUUUCAUAGAAAAAAGUUUAGAAGAUAGUGAAAGGGUACAGAUAGAAGAUAUUGUGCUAUGCGAAGGUGUUCAAAAGGGCCUAGACUCACCGGCAUAUUCUACUGGCAGAUUUGCUCCUACGGUUGAGAAGGCCAUGUACCAUUUUCAUGGUCUACUUCAUCAGAACCUAACAAAUGAUUGCCCGGUUUAGUAGAUACCAAUUCAUGUUAGGAA